CGUGACGUGGUGCGCGGGGCGGGCAGCAGCGAGGAGACUACUGAAGCGCUUGGUUUUGCUUGAAGUAACAUCAAUUUCUGCACAAAGAUGGCACUCCCAGACUCAGUCAGUACUUGUCUUUCUCCACCUGUGCAUUACAUGAUUUGCAAACUUGGAUUUGAGAAAAAAGACAUCUAUGAUAUUAAUUAUAUUGUGUCUGAAAAUGGAGAAGUACAUUGGCAAGCCGUUACAGAGCAUUUGCAUUACCUUGAAUCAGAUCAAAGUGUGGAUUAUGUCAAAAGUGUACAAUCACUUGGACCUAUAUGUGAAUCUGUUAAUUUGCACUUUAAAUCUCUGACCAAAGAGCAAUUUGUAGUUCAGUAUGCAGUAUGGUUCCGCUGGACAAACUACAUGGAGUUAUUUCUUGAAGUAUUUGAUGUUCUACAAUAUGCACAAGCUACUCAAGUUGCUCUUGGCUUAAUGAAGCUAACAUCAUGCUUGGAGAGAGCUUUGGGUGAUGUAUAUUUACUGAUUGGUAAAGAUUGUCCCUUCCUUCUAAGAGAUUUGCUUGCUUCUGAGCAGCUUGCAGUUGUUUUUGGACAAGAUGUAAUGGAUGUACUAAGGGUAUUCAUUGGAUCACCGUAUGGUCUGAAUCUUCGUAAUGUUUUGUGGCAUGGGUUUGCAUCCCCACAAGAAAUUCCUGCGAAAUAUUGUGCUAUGCUGCUUUUUUUAACUGCAGGAUUGGGUCAGUUAUUACAGACAUAUCUUCUGAAAACUAAAUCUAUUUUAGUACAUCGACCUUAUGUGACCUUCAUUACCUUAGAGGAGCUUGUUGCAUUUCCAGAUCUUAAUCAUGAAACACUUUGUGUAGCAGAAGAGCUAGUGCAAGUGUCUAAUUUUGUAUUUAAAUCAAUGCUACCAUUUUGGAUGGCUGCUUUAACAGCUUUCAAGCAAAGCAGGUAUGCUGACUGUGUGAUUCUCUUACUUCCUCAGCUGGAAGUUGGACUCAGAUUGCUCUUCACUACAACUAAUAAAUGUCCAAAUCGAUUGCUAACAGCUGAGCCUUCUGCUCUCUACACCACUUUUGAUGAGAUGCUAAAAAAGCAUUUGGAUAAUGAAGAAAUCAACCAGCUUCCUUCAGUUCUUGAAGAACCUGCCAUGGAAUUUCUUUGGGAUUUCUUGAACCACCAGGAGGGUCCACGUAUAAGAGAUCAUUUAAGCCAUGGAGAGAUCAAUCUAAAAACAUUUCCUAGAGAAUUGGCUAAUCAGAUAGUUGCAUUUGCAAUUACACUUCUCUGUAGAUUCUCAGAUGAAGACACAGUUGCUUUUAAGGAACACAUGAUCAUAAAACCACUGAUGAAUUGUGCAAGUUGCUACCGUUCUCGAUUUCAUCCAAUUUCCCGACUCAAGAAACAGGUGCUGGAAUGUGUGAAGAGCAUUCACUUAUGGCCUGAAUUACCAACAGUGCCUGAGGAACAUGUUCAAGCAGUUAAAGGGUUAGAAGGAAAUACUGAAACUAGUUCUUUAAUUUUGAAGAUGGCUGAAAUCCUCUGUCAAUUACAGCAAUAUUUGCCCCAGGAUUGCUGUAGUCCAGAUGAUCCUAUCAAUAGUGUUGUAACAGAGAGGCUGUUGGUAAAACUUUGUGAUAAACACAUUUGCACACUCUAUUCUCCACGACCUGUUCUGGAAGUAUUAGUGGUACUCCGUAAAAUAUGCACACAGUGCCAUCAAGUGUCAGAACAAGUUAUUACCAGCACUGAGUUGAGAUAUAAACAGUGGAUGAAAAAGACGCUACGUUCUCGCCAAAGGCAUAACUAUGUACGAAUGUUAAACAGUAUUAAGUUUUUGUCUCCGGUGUUGCGGCUCAUCUUACUGUUGAUUACUCUGGAAGUAGUCAAUGUCCAUUUGAUUUGUAAGAAGACUCCUUUUGAUUAUCAGCAGUAUCUAAAGUUUUUGAAGUCAGUCUUGCAGUAUACUGAGAACUUGGUGACAUACACAAGCCCAGAGAAAAACAAGUGGGAUGAAACUGAAGAGCUUACAAAUAAGGCUUUGAUAAAAAUAAGGGAAUUCAGUGACAGAAAGCUAACGUUAAUUCAGUCAGCUACAUAAAUUAAAUAGUUUUAAGGUUAUUAGGAUAUUGUUAUAUCUUAAGAGUUUUGAAGUCCUCAAACUUGAUGAGUCUAAGGUUUAAAAGCAAACUUCAUCAGUCAUUGUAAAAUUUUGGAUGCAAAAUGUAUUGUUUUUAUUAGAAGACUGUUGAGACUGGAGUUCAAUAAUCAAGCUUCUGAAGAAUGAGCUGUUUGCCAAAUCCAUUGAAAAGGAUUGACUGCGAGUCCAUUCAGGAUGAUGCAAGUUCUACUUUAAGUAUAUUAUGUUUUGUAGCUUGAUUUUUUUUAUAUAAAAAGUUUUUUAUUAUACUGAAAGCACCUAAGAAAAGAGCAUGAAUAAAAGCUCUGGAAAAAAAAAUCAAAUCCCUAAAGAUUUAUUGUAUGUGUUGAUGAAAUACACUGGAAAUAGUUUCAAGUGCUGUGAUCAACAGAUUAAGAAACAAUGAAUAGUACAACAUUUAAGGUAAAGUAAUGCUCAUUGACAGCUAUAAUUGUUUUUAUUAGUUCAAAACAGCCAGGUCAUGCAUGAUGUGUGUCAUUUGUUUAAUUUAUCUGCUCAUUCCCAAUACAUAUCUAGUUAGUAAGUUAACUGCAUGUAAAUUAAAUAUGAACUCUAAAGUGUACACAAUCACAGACAUGUAUUUACUAUGGUUCAAAAAGUUAUCUUUGUGUUGCAUACAAGAUUCCUUUGAAUAUAUCUAUAUUUUUUUCAAAAUACUUUCUCCCAUAUUCUUGUCUGCAAAGACUAGAAUUUCAAAGGAAUGCAUCAAGUUAAGAAUGGAUUCACAGAAGACAACCAAUCUCUAUCCAUUUCUUUCUCCUAUGGAGAGCAAAACCAGAGGGUAAUGUCUGGAGAUCGUUUGAUUAUACAAACGAUUAGAGAUUCAAGUUACAUUUUAAUAAGAUUCUUUGACUGGAAAUCACAGUGAGAGAAUCACUAGUUCAGUGAGGGGGGUAGAUAUAAAGUAAAAUCAUGUUGCUUCCUUUAUGCUACCCUUUCAAUAUAUUAGUUGUAAUUUUGUAAUUUAACUAUGUCACUUUCCAAGGUUUUUUAGUUAUCCUAAAAGUAAAGGAUAUGAAGAAGUGGGAAUUAGAGAAAAAAGGAUUUAAACUAGGAAUUAAUUGAAUGCAAUCUUUGAGCCACAGUAUAAAAUUUCAGCUUUUUUAACAGCUGAAGUGGCAAAUUUAAUUAUAUUUGGAAGAUGCAUUUUCUAUCUGACUUUGCUCAGAAGUGUUAACUUCUGCUAGGCGUAGCUUGGUAGUUACUUUUAUGACACUUGCUUUGAUGGUGGUAAGUGUUGUAAGGCAAAAAAAUAUUAAAGCUUUGCCUAUUUGUUGAGGAAAGAUUAAGAAAUUAAAACUCCUAGUGUUUUAAAACUACAUAAAUAGAUGACAUACUUUCUCCGUGUUGAAAAUAUGUUCUUGUACUGAAAAGCACCUUACAGACCGUGUGUAUUUUCAACAACAUAAAAGUUCUCCUUUUCUUCCUAUAUUUAAACUUCAUUAAAAUGAUAUUGCACACUAUUCUCUUCAUCUGUGUUUACCUAAGGAGGAGAGCAUUGACAGUUUCUCAUUUACUAAUUAAUGCCACAGAUGUGUUUUGCUGCUUUAAGUCUGCAGUAAGAAACAUGAUGGACUUCUGGCAAUUUUGUUUUUCCUACCUCUGAAGCUCCCUGAUGGGAACAUUGCUACCGUCUAUUGGUUAGACAAAUCUGGAACAGACUAGGACAAUCCAAUUAAUUCUGUCUUGAUGCUGUUAUUUCUUAGACAUUUGCAGUAGAGCUGCAUGCAAGGCUUAUGGUUUCUUCCUGUUGUUACAAGACUUACAGAAUAGAGUUGCAGAAUAAGUUUAUAUUCUACAAUGCACCUAGGAGAGCAAAUGGCGAGAGACAUGAUAAAAUCAUUGGUUUUGUCCUUUAUCAGUUACUUGAAAUGACUUCUCUGCUCCAGUUGUUAUCUUUGCCAUCUGUUUGGAAUCACGUGGAGUUUUAAGAUACAGUAGGUUCAGAGUCAGGACUCCCAGUAUUCCCAAGAAUAAAAGAUGUUUGGAAUAACCAAAAGUAUCUAGUGGGUACAUGCAUGAGUAAAGCUGACAAAACACUUGAUGUUUAAAUGCAAGUGUUCUGAUUUUCUGUUGUCCUAAACAUAAUUCUGGGACUGAGCUGUCCAAAACUGUGCAGUCUCCUGUUAAAUGUAUAAGUAUUUGCUCAGUCUUUUUAAAAAUGUUUUCGUUCUUGAAAUUUCAAAUGUCUAGAAGAGUAGAAAAUGUCUUCUUGCAAGCGUGGCAUUUUAUCCAAGUAUUACUUUUGCCACUUUUAUUUCUUGGCCCUGCUCCCUGAGGUCUGCAUUUUCCUGAAGGUAGUACAGUGAAGGCGAAUAGACAUAGGUGCAGAAUCUGUAAAGUAGUCUGAGGAAGGUAGUUGAAAUACUUUGUUUAAAAAGGAUCUCUGAAACCUGGGUAAUACUAAUGAGGGAGUGAGAAUUCUUCAGUUAGUUCUUCCAAGUUCAAUAAGUCAACUUGUAUUUGUGUGUGUAUAUAUGCAUAUACAUAUAUUCUAUAAUGUGUCCACACAGAUACAUAUAAAAAAAAAAGCUGUUUGCUUCUAUUACUUCCUGAACUUACAAGCUAAUGUUAAGCAUUCUAACUC